UGCUCAAAGUCUUGGCUUCUUUCUCUUAAGAUGUUUCUUCAAGUUUGUCUCCUUUACCUUAUGUUUGAUUAAUGGAAGUUGUUUACUCUAGAGCACCCAAGACUCAGAAUUUGUUUUUCAAAACAUGGACUAUUUGAUUUACCAAAAUAACUAUGUGUUGAUUGUGGGAAAAUGAAGUUCAGAACAUUUUCAUGUCCAUGGCUAUUCUCAAGAUUUUUUCUUUUACUGUAGUAUCCCCCAGCGUUCCAGCACUUGAUUGACCUUGGUGCAGUAGAGUUCUUAUCUAAGCUCCGUCCACAUGUGGAACCAGCAAUGCAGGCUGAGAUUGAUGGCAUUCUUGAUGGACUUUUUGUUCUUCCUUCAGAAGUUCCUAUUCAGUGUACUGCCGAUUAUCAAACUGAUCAAAUUGAAUUGUCACAACAACAUGAAGUUUUAACAGGGUAUUUCUCCCAAGACAAAAGGAAUUUCCAGCAGAUGGAAGUGCCACCAGUGCCAGUUGGAAACCCGACUGUGAAGUGGCUGAAGUUUUCUGUAUUUCCUUGGCUUCCCCUGACCACAACAGAUAGACAUGUUCUUUCUUCCAAUGAAAGCUCUUUGAGAAGUAGUAACCACACACUGAUCUGGAACACAUGUGAACUUCUGAAGGAUGUGAUCAUGCAAGACUUUCCUGCUGAGAUUUUCCUUCAGAGACCAAAGAUAGUUCAGGCCCUUUUGUGUCUGGUGAAGCUGGCCUUUGGGGGAGAUGGGAAGCAUCGUGUGGCGUUACAGUCAGUGUCCUGUUUGCAACAACUGUGCACAUGUUUAAGGAACAGACUCAACUUUUACCGAGACCCCAACCUCUUCUCAAAUAAACAAGAUACAAUCUCCCAGAAUUCUUCUUUAUCUUACUGUCAUGAAGCAAGAGGUACUUCCCAUUCCCCAAACCCGUCUCCAGGAAGCAGCAGUCCUCGGCCUUCUGUGGUUGGGCGUACAGGCCAGAGGCUCAGAGGAGAUGGUCAGGACUGGGAUGCAGUAUCUUCCAGUGGCAGCAGCAGUCAUGCACACGUGAACUCUAGGCUAUCGGUUCCUUCUUUGGAUGGGGCACACGUAGAUCUGCAGGAGCUGGAAGCAGAGGAUGCGCUGGAGUUGCAGUUCCAGCAACUUAGUCUUCCUCAGUUCUGCAUCUCCAUCCUGGAAGCCGCAGCUCCUCUGCUGAGAACAGGCAGCAGAGAAAUGAUCAUAAGAGUUCUGGAACUGCUUGCAGAGGACAUGAUGCUCAUUGGACAAGCAAUUUCACCCGAAGUCUGGGAUGAUAGCAGCCUCUUUGCUAUAGAUGUGAAAGAGAAACUGCUCCAAGUAUUAGGGUCCCUUGGAGAAACCAUAUGUUAUCGUAAAACCAGCUUUAGCCUGGAGCAAGCAGAGGCCCUGCUAGUACACCAAAGGAUGGCCUUCAUCAGCAUCGCACUGUUCACGGUUCGACUCUUGCAAACCCUUCUCCCUGUUGAAAAGGCGAGCAAGUUUUUGCCGGAGUCCGUGUCUGCAGCAUUAUUCCUUGUCUCUUUGGACAUGCCCAUUUCUUUGGAAUAUCCAGAGAUCCAUGACGCUGUUGUGGCUUAUUUGGAACAGCUGGAUUCUGAAAACUACAGCAUUUAUAAACGAACUGCAGAGGCUGUUUAUUCAAUUGAAUGUACCUGUAACUUCCUAUCUGAUGUGGGGAAAGAGGGAGAAAAGAAUCUCCUAGAAUUGGUGGAGCUGGCAGACCAAGCCUUGUAUAGCUUUUCUUACCAUCAGCAUUCCCCCAUAAUAAAGGACAUCAUCUGCACUUGUUCAAAGAUUUGGAAAUCUGCACAGGCCAGUCCAUUACUACAGGGGGAGAGUCAGAAAGUGUUUCUCCAUAUGCUGUCACACCCCUGUCCACAGGUGAAGGUGGAGACUUACCAGUGCUGUCUGGAGAUUGUGAAGGAAUGUUUAGGUGUCCAUAAUGUCACUAAACCUGUAUCUUCACUUUGUAGUGGAAUUCAUUUUCUGCUUCAUCCAAAAGUUCUAUAUGAAAUCUCUGCAUUUGGUUUCCAAGAACCCAGAAAUGAGGUGAAUGCUGCUGCCAAGGCCAUUCUGUUGUAUCUGCUUCAGGGACGAUUGAUGAUGACAGCACUGACCUGGAACAAGUUUAUUGAGUCACUCUGUCCUGUCAUUCCAGUGCUACAGGGCUAUGCUGAUCCAGAAGAUCCUUUAGGCAACUGCAUUCUCCUAUUAAGCAAAGUGAGCUCUGAGGUAGAAGGCCUUCCUUAUACUACACGGCUGAAGUCUGUGCUUCGACUUUUGCUAGUGAAAAAGCCUUCGGUCCGUUCAUUAGCAUUAAAACUUUUAGCGUUUCAUCUUAUCAGUGAAGAAGGGGCUGAUAGAAAGCGCCCAUUCAUAGAUGCCAGAGUUCUCUCCCAAGUUACUAAUCUAUUUAUUGUGAAAAAACCAAUUGACCUUAAAUUGGAUGACAGAAGAGACCUAGUUAUUAAGCUGGAGACUGUUGAAAAGGUGUAUGAAAUCUUCACCUCAGAUGAUGUUGACCUUGUUUUGAGGAAGUCAGCUGCAGAGCAGCUAGCAGUGAUCUUGCAAGAUAUUAAAAUGCAUGCUGUGGUGAAAAAGUUAUGCUUAAUUGAGAAGAUAAUCAGCUAUUUAAAUGAAUGUGUGGGUCAAGGUGGCAAGGUUAUAGAAUGCUUGAUUCAGCCAUGCCUCACACUCCUGAGGAAGGUUUUAUAUGCUGACCCAGUCAUCCGAGUUUCCUUGUCGCAGCAGUCUUCUCUCUUGACCCUACUAUUCAGAGUUUCCUUGAUAUUUCAUGAGGACUGUACCGUGGUGACCGAAGUUGGGGCAUUGUUUUGUCUUCUAUUGUUUGAUGAGGUGUCAAAAAUGGAUAUGUGGUCUAUUGAUUCUUCUAAUAAACCUUCCUUGCCAUCAGUCUUCAGUUUGCCUGUCUCAGUCUUUAGAAGGUAUCAUCUACCAGUUUAUCUGACUGGCCAUCAUGCUGUGAGUCCUUACUCAAUAGUUUUGCCAUUAUCCGCUCAGUGUUUGGCCUUGAAGCCUGUGUCAGAUAUGCUGAGAAUAGCUUGGAACCUGGCAUGGUAUCAUGGAAGUGAUAAUCUAUUGAAAGAAAUGACCUCUACAGCUAAAGUUCAAGAAUUUUCAGGUACACUGCAGCUGUCCACAGACGAUAUCCUUUCCCUGAAGAUCACAUACACAACAAGUGGGCUUCAAGACUGCCUUCACUCCAUUGUUCAGGCUGGAGGCCACAGGGAUGUGAGGGCUGCUAUCACUAGGAUGAGUUUUUAUCUUUUGAAUGACAAACUGUCUUUCAAGGAUGACAUUGGUCCAUGUGGAGUUACCUUAAAAUCCUUGGCUUGGCACACAGUGCUAAACAGGUUUUUACAAGUACUUCCUGCUUGCACUGAAGAUGAGAAACUGCUAAUAGAUAUCAUACAUUUUUUGAAUAAGUUAAUAAAAGAACAACGAAAGAAUCCAUCAAUAGGACUUUUACAUUGGAUUCUAGAGUUACUUCUUAGGCAU